ACGACAAUCGGUUACAAACACGUCUAAAGGAAACAAUUAGUGUUUUAAUUAAGCGAAAUAAGCCAUAAUAAAUGUAAAGAGUAGUUGCAGUCAUAUUUUAUUAAAUACGAAGCAGUGGAUUCAUAAAAGCGACGCCAUAUUCGUUAGUGAAAAUCCAAAACAUGUCCAGGAGAUAUUCAUCGGAGGGGAGCCUUUUUAUUGGCAGACUGAGUAAAAGCUGCCGGGUGCGUGAUUUAGAAGAUGUUUUUGAACCAUAUGGCCGAAUGUCAAGAUGUGAAAUAAAAUAUGGAGCUGAAAUGGCCUAUGCAUUUGUUGACUACGAAGACAGACGAGAUGCAGAGGAUGCUGUUCGCUAUGAGAAUGGCCGGGAGGUGGCUGGAUCAGCCAUCAUAGUGGAGUGGGCAAAGGGAGCACCAAGGAGACCUGGUGGGGCUGGUGGGGGUGGUGGGGGAAGAGAGAUACGUGAACGGGGGCGGGGCAUGGACGAUUGCUAUAGGUGUCACCGGACUGGACACUGGGCCCGCGAUUGCCCUGAUGACCGCAACUAUGGCUUCAGGCGACCCAGUGCUCAGAGGUCAAGAUCAAGAUCACCACGACCUAGGAGGUCAAGGUCACGUUCAAGGUCAAGGAGUCGCAGUGGGCGUGGCAGCAGACGCAGGACUAGGUCUCCCAGCCGUUCAAAGUCUGGCAGUCGGUCUAGGAGCAGGUCUGGUGCCAGAAACAAUGGUGGUGAAGCUGGGCGGUCCCCCAGUCGCUCCAGGAGUCGCACACCCCCUGGGGCCACACCCUGAGUUCACUUGCCCUUGUUACAGCCAUGAGUCAGCGCUAUCAUUAUGAAAUAUCCUGCCAUUAUACAUUGUAUAAAUAAUCUGUGUUAUUAUCACUCAUCCAUCACUUUUGGUUAUUUUCAUAUUUUACUUCAUGUAACUUGUAUUGUAAAAGAAAUAUAGUUUCAUUUUCGUAUGUUCUCUAUUUUGUAAUUAAUUUUGUAUUUGUUUGAACAUGACAUGUCAAAGAACUGUUUGUCUGGUACAGAAUAGUGAUAUGUUACUCAUUAAAUAAAUAAAUGACAUUUUUUAGUUCAUUUAUGAGUAUUGUGGCUAAGGUAUUUGGAUUAGCCCUUGAAAAUAUAAAUGCUCUGUACAUUUAAGACAGUAGAGGGAAAUUGGUGGCUCUGUGUUUUGCUUGUUUGGCAUAUAUCAAUUGGAUUGCACUAUCAAGAAUCAGAAUGCACAAAAUCUAUGAACAAUUGUCGCGUUUAUUUUUUCAAUUGUUAUUGACAGUAAGAAUAACUACCAUGAAGUGAAGGUACUGCUAUCAUUCUUGGUAAGCGAACACUCCUCAUAAAUAAUGAGUUUUAAUCCUUAAAUCUGUCACAUUGUUCAGUAAUUAAACACUAUCAGUGCUGCUGAUUGUUGUAGUACUUAUUAUAGUAUGUUUGAGGCAGCACUACAUUAUUUUCAUGUUUUGUAAAUUAUGAUAACUUGUACUUAUAAAUGAAAUUUUCUGGGCCCUCUUACCAAAGAUCAAUAUUAUAUAUAUAUAUAUAUAUAUAUAUAUAUAUAUAUAUAUAUAUAUAUAUAUAUAUAUAUAUAUAUAUAUAUAUAUAUAUAUUAUAUGUUUCAUCAUUACAAUAUACAUGUUUCAUCAUAAUGUUUAGCCCACAAACACAAAUAUUAAUUCUCAAUUUGUUUCUUAAAUAAAGGAUGUAUGCAAGAUUGAAAGGAACUUAACAGAUUAAUUCAAUAAUUUACCAAUAAGGUUGAUGCUGGGCAAAUAACAUUAAAGUUAAUUUGUAACUUCAAUUUUUUGUAGGAUGUUUAACAUGAUGGACUUCAGGUCAUAAGGACCAGUCAUACAAUUCAGAAGCAAAACUUGUUGAUGAAUGUCAAUUGAUUUCAUUAAUUUUGUCUUGUUGUUUCUGGAAUAAAAUACAUGUUUUUCUGGAAAAAAAUGUUUAUUUGUCAUGAUGAA